AUGUCGAGAGUAGGAUGUAUGGUCUUAGGACCUGCCGGUGCAGGAAAGUCUACUUUCUGUAAUGCCAUCAUUUCACAUAUGCAAUCCAUUGGCAGAAGGGCACAUUUGGUGAACUUGGACCCUGCAGCAGAUCCAACACAAUAUGAAUUCACAAUUGAUAUCAAAGACCUCAUUUCCUUGGAGGAUGUGAUGGAAGAGUUGGAGUUGGGACCCAAUGGUGGGUUGGUGUACUGUUUUGAGUAUCUCAUGAAUAAUUUGGAUUGGCUAGAUGAGGAGAUUGGAGAUUACGAUGAUGAAUACUUGAUUUUCGACUGUCCGGGCCAAAUCGAGCUUUACACACAUAUCCCAGUGCUACCGACAAUUGCACGUCACUUGCAAGUGAACCUUAACUUUAGUUUGUGUGCUGCAUAUUUGUUAGAGGCUCCAUUUGUCAUUGACCAGGCUAAAUUUUUCAGUGGAGCAUUGAGCGCCAUGUCGGCGAUGAUCUUGCUUGAAUUGCCACACAUAAAUGUUCUCUCCAAGAUGGACUUGGUGAAACUGGAGAUUUCGCGGAAGAAAUUGAAACAGUUUUUGAAUCCAGAUCCAUUGCUUCUAGAGGAGGAGUCUGACGAUUCCAACCCUCGCUUUUCGAAGCUAAAUCGAGCCAUUGCAUAUUUGGUGGAUGACUUCGGCAUGGUGCAAUUCUUACCACUUGAUUGUUCCAGCGAAAGCAAGUCUGUGGCUACUAUCAUUAGCCAUAUCGAUGAUAUUACACAGUGGGCUGAAAACCAGGAGCCGAAGGAGCCUGCUGAGGAGGCAGAUCCUGAAGACGAAGACAAUGAGUAG